AGGAAGUAAGUACUUAGCUACAGCCAUAUCCGGUGAGGAAAAUCAGAUAAGGAACUCGUGUAAAAUGUCUGCGGAUCGACUGGAUGUGAUUAUUUUUGGAGCCAGCGGAUUUACUGGAAAAUAUACCGUCUUUGAAGCUGUCACCGUGCUCAACGGACUGAAAUGGGGCAUAGCCGGCAGGAACCGCGGAAAACUAGAAUUGGUGCUCAAGGAAAUGGGUGAUAAGGCUAAGAAGGACCUCUCACAGGUGCCCAUUUUCAUAGCUGACGUCAACGAUGAGGCUUCUCUUCUGGAAAUGGCGCGCAGGGCCAAGGUCGUGGUAAACACCGCAGGACCUUAUCGUUUCCAUGGAGAGAAUGUCGUAAGUGCCUGUAUCGAAUCUGGCACCCACCAUGUCGACGUGAGCGGCGAGCCGCAGUACAUGGAGACGAUGCAAUUAAAGUACGACUCGAGGGCCAAGGAGAAAGGAGUGUACGUGGUGAGCGCCUGUGGCUUUGAUUCCAUUCCUGCAGAUAUGGGCGUUAUCUUUGCGGAGAAGAACUUCGACGGAACCAUCAACUCCGUUGAAACCUUGGAAAGUGGGGUUAAGGAAGGCGCCAGUGGAGGAGCCAGCUCUGGCUUGAACUAUGGAACGUGGGAGAGCGCUGUAUAUGGCUUGGCUCACUCGGACGAGCUACGUGGCAUUCGGCAGCAGCUGUAUCCAAUGAGAUUGCCCAAAUUUUUUCCCGUUCUUAAGCCAAGACCAUUGGUCUUCCGCUCCACCGAAAUCAACAAAGUCUGCCUGCCAUUCCCUGGCUCGGACCGAUCGGUGGUGAUGAGAUCACAGCGUUUCCUAUACGAACACGAUAAAAAAAGGCCCGUCCAGAUGCAAGCCUACGUCGGAUUCCCUUCUUGGAUAGCAGCCGGCGUUGUAAUUCUUUUCGCAAGCAUCUUUGGACUGAUGUCAAAGUUUCAAAUUGGUCGUACGCUGCUGCUGAGGUACCCCGGCCUAUUUUCUGGAGGACUAGCUUCACGUUCCGGACCUAGUGAGAUCUCUAUGGAGAACACAUAUUUCAGGAUGACUUUUAAGGCCGUUGGCUGGCCCAAGGGCGAUCGAUUGGUCGAGAGCUCUGACCAAUAUACGGAGCCUCCAACAAAGUCUCUAAUGGUUAGAGUUUCAGGGAUGAAUCCCGGAUAUGGAGCCACCUGUGUGGCACUGCUCUCGACGGCCUUAACUAUACUGCGCGAGUCCGACAAAAUGCCAAAUAAUGGCGGCGUUCUUGCCCCAGCUGCUGCUUUCUCUAAAACCAGCCUCAUAAGUGAACUAGAAAAGCACGAACAUGGCAUGAAGUUUGAGAUUCUAGCCAAUAAGUAACAAUGUAAAAAUCAAGUAAGGUUUGGUUUGCUCACUAUAUAUUAGCACUAAUUAAAUUUGCAUCUUGGUUUUAGAAGGUCUGGGAACUUUAAUUAUUAUCCUUUCUAUACUAACAAAUUUAAAUAUGGACAAGUUUGAAAGCUUGGCCAAAGAAUGUGACCAUUCCCUUUUUGAAUAAAUUUAUCGAAGGAUAAAAUAAUGCUA